GAGCUGAAGGGCUGGGGCCAACCUCCUCCACAGGGCUGACUGAUGGAGAGGGGACACCUCAGAGAAUGGCCCCACCCUGCCCCCGUUCCUCAGCAGCCAGUUUAAGAUGCGUGUCCUUCAGAAGAGGCAUGGCUUGUCUGGGGUUCAGGCAAACAAGUGGCAAAGCUGGACUUUGAAGCCAAGCCCGUCUGACUGAAAAGCGGGAUCAUUUGCCACAUCGGCUCCUGCCUCCCUUCUCUACCCGACUGUCGGGCCUGGACUGGACGAGCCAGCGCAGCCGCCUUCCGGGCCUGGCAUCUCGGGCAGGAGCUGGAGACUGGGGAAGAGCUGCUGUGGGCAGUGUGGUAGGAUGGCCACAAGCCGCAGGGGGAAACCUGCAGAGCGUCGCUGCGACUCUGAAGCUCACCUCCGGAGUAAUGUUCUAGAUGCAAGAGAAACCGGACUGAUGUGGUCAUUUACCAAAACUCUCUGAAGCAAACCCUUGUGACAUCUCUGACCACUUGUACAACCCUGGGCGGAAAUGUUAGUCUGAGGACAGAGCAGCUACGUGUCUUCCUCCCAACACACAGCUGGUUUAAGCUCUGCAGGUUUCGAGAACUGAAACGAAGCAUCUCUUGACUUACUGGGGUCUUCGUGACCAGCAGAUGAGUGAAAUCAUUUGAUGCUUGUCUUUUUCUGCCUGGCUUAUUUCACUGAGCAUAAUACCCUCCAGCUCCAUCUGUGUUGUUGCAAAUGGAUAUGGGUUGGCAAAUGGGUUAGCAGAAAAGCCACGAAGACAGCUGGGGAUUUAGCUGCUCUUUGCCCGCCACAGCCCAGGGCCCACCCUCCAGGUGCACCCUGCACUAUGGACUCCCCGGGGUAUAACUGCUUUGUGGACAGAGCCAAGAUGGACGCUGCCAUCCAGGACCUGGGACCCAGGGAGCUGAGCUGCAUGGAGCUGCAGGAGCUCAAGCAGCUGGCUCGCCAGGGCUAUUGGGCCCGUAGCCAUGCCCUGCGGGAGAGGGUGUAUCAGCGCCUGAUCCGGGACAUCCCCUGCCGCACAGUCACUCCCGAUGCCAGUGUGUACAGUGAUAUAGUGGGCAAGAUCGUGGGCAAGCACAGCAGUGGCAGCCUGCCACUGCCCGAGUUUGUGGACAACACCCAGGUGCCCAGCUACUGCCUGAACCCGCGGGGCCAGGGUGCUGUACGCAAGAUCCUGCUGUGCAUCGCCAACCAGUUCCCCGACGUCUCCUUCUGCCCCGCCCUGCCCGCUGUGGUGGCCCUGCUGCUGCACUACAGCAUCGAUGAGGCCGAGUGCUUCGAGAAGGCCUGCCGCAUCCUGGCCUGUAAUGACCCCAGCAGAAAGCUCAUUGACCAGAGCUUCCUGGCCUUCGAGUCCUCCUGCAUGACUUUCGGAGACCUGGUGAACAAGUACUGCCAGGCAGCUCACAAGCUCAUGGUGGCCGUGUCGGAGGACGUGCUGCAGGUCUAUGCUGAUUGGCAGCGUUGGCUGUUCGGGGAGCUGCCCCUCAACUACUUUGCCCGCGUCUUUGAUGUCUUCCUGGUGGAAGGUUACAAGGUGUUGUACCGCGUCGCACUGGCAAUCCUCAAGUUCUUCCACAAGGUGAGAGCCGGGCAGCCAGCGGAGUCGGACAGUGUGAAACAGGACAUCCGCACCUUUGUCAAGGACAUCGCCAAGACCGUGUCUCCCGAGAAGCUGCUGGAGAAGGCGUUUGCCAUCCGCCUCUUCUCGCGGAAGGAGAUUCAGCUGCUGCAGAUGGCCAACGAGAAAGCGCUGAAGCAGAAGGGCAUCACAGUCAAGCAGAAGAGUGUUUCACUCUCUAAAAGGCAGUUUGUGCACUUGGCCGUCCACGCGGAGAACUUCCACUCAGAGAUUGUCAGUGUGAAGGAGAUGAGAGACAUCUGGUCCUGGGUCCCUGAGCGGUUCGCCCUCUGCCAGCCUCUCCUGCUCUUCUCGUCGCUGCAGCAUGGGUACAGCCUGACCAGGUUCUAUUUCCAGUGUGAAGGACACGAGCCCACCCUCCUGCUCAUCAAGACCACACAGAAAGAGGUCUGCGGAGCUUACCUGUCAACAGACUGGAGUGAGAGAAAUAAGUUCGGGGGCAAACUUGGCUUCUUUGGGACUGGGGAGUGUUUCGUGUUUAGGCUGCAGCCUGAGGUCCAGCGUUACGAGUGGGUGGUCAUCAAACACCCAGAGCUCACCAAGCCAGUGUCCCUGGAGACCACCACCACCCUGUCCCCGCUCUGCCACUCCGCAUCCUCAGAGCCCACUGACCGCCUCUCACCUUUCCUGGCCGCCCGGCACUUCAACCUGCCCUCCAAGACCGAGUCCAUGUUCAUGGCCGGGGGCAAUGACUGCCUCAUCAUAGGCGGAGGCGGUGGCCAGGCGCUCUAUAUUGAUGGGGACCUGAACCGGGGCCGCACAGGCCACUGUGACACUUUCAACAACCAGCCCCUCUGCUCAGAGAACUUCCUCAUCACUGCCGUGGAGGCCUGGGGCUUCCAAGACCCUGACACCCAGUGACGGGCCUAUGCCAAUGGGCCUGAAGCCUUUGCUGAGCCUCACGGUGGGCUCACCUGAAGAGACCGCCUAGGAUGGCCACAGAAGGGUCCUCUGUGACUGACCCCAGACCAGCCAGCUGCAUUUCCAGAGGCCUGUCCAGUGAAGCCGGAACCCAAGGGGGCUUCUUAAGACCCCUCCUCUUGCGCCUGGGGCCUCCUUAGCUGCCCUGCAGUCUCUGUGGCAGCCCCAGGAGCUGGUCCAGACCCCUCAGCGUGGCAUGCUCAUCUUGGUCCAGCCCUGUCCACCUCUCCUUCAGGCCUCGAACUCCUGCAUGCUAGGUGCCGGGCUGCACCGCCCCCCAGCUCCCUGCCCACGCAGCACCUUCCCCACUCGCCCCUCUCUGCACAGCAUGUGUCCUGCCUCUGCAUCUCUCGCAGGGCAGUGCUGUGGUCAGCCACGUAGCUUGGCAGUUGUGCUGCCACCUCUCCCUUCUUCCCCACCCCACCCUGUCCAUGCCCUACGCACGGUAGGUGCCAAGGGAAAACUUGCCAGUCUCCCACCCCGUGACCUCCCUCAGUUGGUCCUGAGGGCCUGGGCACCCCAGAAGGAGGAGGGGAAGACUGGGGCCCUGGCUGCCUGAGCUACAGGUGCUGGGGGUCGUGCUCCCUAGCCAGUCCCCACUUGGCUCCAGCCAGGCCCCUCAGCUGUCUCCACAUCCUGCUUGCCCUUCCCGUGGACACUGGUUCUCCCCGCCCCUGCUCAGAUCUCCCGGUGGGGCCGCAGUGGUGCAGGAGGAAGCACCAGGAGCCGGUGUGGCUUUGAGCUAGCCAGUGCAUCUGCCUGGAACUCAGUUUCCCCAACUGUAAAAUGGAGCCAGUCAUCCUGCUCUUCUGUCCCCACGGGACUAUUGAGAAGCUCAGAGGGGGACAGUGCGAGUCCCUGGUGAGGGGAGAGGUGCUGGGAGGUGCUGUCACUGCUUCCCUCCCCUCCAGACCCCUGCAGCCCUUACCAUCCCCUUCCUCUGGGCCCCCAGAACUCUCCUGUACUGCCGACUUUGGUGUGCAUUAAACACGGUCUCAUUACAUGAA